AGUUUUCUGGCGUGUCUAGCGGCACUCGUUGCUGAGACUCGAGAGUAGUUUUAUAAUAUUAAAGUUUUCUUGGUUGGUUAAGAGUGUAUAGGAUUAGUCUAUAAACUAUUUUGAACCUUUACCAAUAUGUUUAAAGAACAAUUCAAGGUUGUGUUGCAAGAUCCAGCUUUUCGUUUAAAUAUAUAUUUAUUUCUACAUAUGAAAAUCCUGUUAAGGAUAUUGACCUUAAAGCAAAAUCAUUUUCAAGGAAUAUAUAAAAUGGAAGACUGCACAAAUCAUUUUAACUAUUCAGUCUCUUACUUACAAUGAUCAUAUGAGUUUUAACUAUGCAAUUGAUUGCUUGUUAGAACCAGUAUUCUGGUUUGUCGAUAAUUUUGCUGGUUAUUUAGGAAGGGUAUUUGUAUUUAGUGUGACAAUUCUCACAACAGCAGUUGUUGGCAUAGCAUAUUGGAUUGGCUUACCAUAUUGGUGGCACAAGAACCCAUACUUUACAGUAUUUCUAGUAAUUUUUGGUAAUUGGCUGUUACUGAAUAUUGUGUUUCACUAUUAUAUGGGUGUGAGUACACCACCAGGCUACCCUCCUCAUGGUGCUAUAUUGAUUGAGGCUGCAAGUAUAUGUAAGAAAUGUAUAUCACCAAAACCACCACGGACACAUCACUGUUCAGUGUGUGAUAGAUGCAUACUUGCCAUGGAUCACCACUGCCCUUGGCUUAAUAACUGUGUGGGAUAUUAUAAUGCCAGAUAUUUUUACUUGUAUAUGGUAUAUAUGGUUGCUGGAAUUUGUUUUCUAAUUAUAUUUGGAAUAGAGAUUGGCUAUCAAGUACUUUGGGUGUAUGAUGGAGAUUCUACGCCAAUCAAAGAUGAGCCUGAUUUAUUUGGUCAUCCAUUAAAACUGAAUAAAAGUGGUGUUCUCGUCCCAGUUAAAGAUAUUCCUGAAUAUGAUUCCAUCAACUUUCCUCGUGAACAUAUUCUACCCACGCCAGAGAUCACGCAGUUAAAUCUCAUAUCAGCUGAUCCCUGGAAGCGGAAAGCUAUAGUAUUUAUGGCUAUCACCUGUCUUUCUGUUCUUUUGGCACUCGGAAGUCUGGUUUCCAUGCAUGGUAAACACAUAAGUAGAGGUGAAACUAGUGUGGAGUCACAUAUUAAUGCAGCAAUGGAGAGAAGAUCCUCUACAUUUAGGAAUCCAUACAACUUUGGUAGAAGAAAAAACUGGAAGAUAUUUCUCGGUUUAACACAAGGUAGGACGCUUUUACAUGUACUAUUCCCAUCAAGACACGCGCCCACAGGCAAUGGCCGUACAUGGCAUAUGAUUAAUAAUGGCAUAGAAGACUGGCCCUAAGAGCAUUUUGGAUUUAUGUAUUAUACUUUUUAUUAGUUAAACUUAAAUUUAAGAUUAAGUUACUUAAAUUAUCAACCAUUGUAGUCAAGGCUCUAAUAAUUAAUUUAAUAAAAGCUUAGGAUUAAUUCUUAUUAAUCGUAUAUUCACCAGAAAUAUUAAAAAAAUGUGCCCCAUAUUUCCCAGUAAGUGCUGUUGAUGUUAAAUGCAAUGUAGAUCAGUUUAUUGUGGUAGACAGUAAUGAUAAAUAGAAUCAAUAGUCUAAUAAGAUAUAAUAUACAUGUAGUAUCAAUGGAAUUCAUUGAAUGGUUCGACAUUCCACGACUUAGUCCAGUUUUCGAGAAUGAGGUUAAACUUGGGAAUUUGUAGUUUAAUCCUCUUAUCGAAUAAGAUAAUAUAUUAAUAAGUCUCUUUUCCGCACAGUGUUAUACGGCAUAAAGAGUGCAAUUAGACUGCUUUAGUUUUUAUGGAUGUGUUAAGUAUAUUUGAUAUUAUAACUCAUACUUUAGUUAAAUUUUAUAUAAACAAUUUUUUAAUUUUCCCCAAGCGGUAGGCAGCGGCCACGGCCAUUAUCUCUAACCUAUUAAUCCUUUCAUAAUUUCCCCUUAACUUUGCACAUAGUAUGUCUGACAUAAUCCCAAACUCUCUUCUCUCUCACUUUGGGCGCUGACCGCACCUGCGUUUGUUGGUGCAUAUAUACCAUUAAUAAAACGUCGUGUCGUGCCACUUUCAUCCUGAUUCAGGGGAGUCUUAGACCCACAUAUUCAUACACAUACUCCUUCAUUCAUACGGCCAGAAAGGAUGAUGCCAACGCCCUGGCAUCCGUGACUGGAUUUGGGUACUCCCGUCAGUAAGCCAGGGCAGUCAAUUUAUAGCGAAUUGUAGGAGUUAACAUGUAUUUAUCAUUGUAAGUAAUUAUUGCAAUUAUUAACUGUUACUGUCAUAUUAUGUUUUUAAUCUAGUCAUUAUAUAUAAAUGAUGACCUUCGUAGUCGCUUUAAUGUUAAAGUAUUUUGUAUGGUAAGAAGUAGCAUUGUAGCGCAGUCUUUAAACCAGACUUUACAUAAGUAUAUUUCUAGAGAAAUACUAUGUAUCUAAUCGCAUAUGUGUUGUAAUGAACAAUCAUUAGCUACAAAGCUAAACCCGCUUAUUCAUAAUACUACAUCAGUCUGAUUGAACUGUUUUAACUAAACUACUUUUUCGUCUCUUUUUGUCAUAAUGUGUAUGCGCUGUGGUGAAAAGAGAUAGCAGUUAAAACGGUGCAAUUAGACUUAUUUUGUAUAAAUAAGAGUAAGAGUAUGUAGUUAAUUCCACAUUUGCUCUAAUGAGUUCAUAUUUCUAACAUUCCAACACAUUGAAUCUAGUCAGUAUUAUUCCUCAAGUUUGUUUAAAUUCGAAUCUAUUCUUACAUUGUGUUCGUCUUUUUAACCGACUUAUAAAAUCUGAUAAUACGAAUAAGUUUACAUAUUGGUUGCAUAUUUAAUUAUUACAUAAUUUUUGUUUUAAUAAUUUAAGUAUCAACUCUCGUAAAUAUUCGUGCAAAUAUGUUGUUUUCAAUAUAAAAUGUGAGUAAAGUAUUGACAAAAUGUUGUUUAUUGUAUUUCAAUUGUAUUAAGUUGUAAAUAUAAAUAAUAUAUUAAUUAAAGAACA